AUGGCAGCCUCUGAGGCAAAUGAUGACAGAUCGGACCGACCACUAUCGUCUGACCCCCUCACCCCACGAGAACGAAGAAGAAGGGAAGUCGGCACCCGCUUUCGUGACCUAGACAUUUCCGAGAGUCUUGCUCAAACUAGCAAUCCAUCGAGCCUCGUGCGAAACCGGCGGAGAGCCUUUAGGCCUAGCGAACGUCUACAGAGAUAUCAAAGAGAAAGAUUGGGACAAAGUGGAAGAGCUGCAGCAUCAGAGGCAUAUGUGCCAUCAUCCAACCAGUCACCUACCUCCCCAGCUCAAUCAGUCAGUGAUCGUGGUGACCGGCCAAGGUCGAAACGGAGGAAAUUGACCGACGGUACAUACGAGGACGAGCCUCGAACUUUUAGCUAUGGCCACAAUGGCCAGGUCGUCCCUGGCCAGCUGAGGCUGGAGAUUGUCAGUUGCGACGGUGGAGAAUAUUCAGAUCCUCAUAUGCCCAUCAACUCUUAUCCGCAAAAUGUCCUCCUAGAUGAUACCAGCGUAUACUGCACAAAGUCAAACAAAUGCAACCUCCUCCUGAAGCAUGUGGGCGGCAUGCCCUUCACUCUGACUGAAAUUGUGGUCAAAGCCCCGCGUGCUGGUUAUGAUGCACCAAUUCAAAAUGGCUUGAUUUUCAUUACAAUGGAAGAUGAUGAUCUCCUCGACCGGACGUCUCAAUAUGAUGUUCGCUGGUCAUCCAAAAGCAGCGACCGUCAUCAGCGACACAGAACAGAUGGAUACCGCCGCCCUUCCCUGGAAUACCUAUACUCUGCGCCACCACACCUCCGGUCUUUUGACCGUUCGAGGCACCUCAACAAUCCCACAACUUCCGAAGAAGCUCACCAUCUUGAGGUCCCUCUCGUCCCAGGUUUUCAUGUCACAGUGGUAGACCCAUCAGAUGUAGAAGAUGGGGGAGAAGGGCCACUUUCGCCGCGACCUUGGCACGACGACGAGUACUCAUUGCGAUCCUAUGUCGAUCGAUACCGCCCAGUGUAUUUCGGAAAUGAGCGAAACGACGGUCCGUGGUCUAGCUCGAGUGAUUCAGAGGGCUAUGAGCCCGAUGUCCAGCUUGACGCACGAGAUACAGGGGAAACAGAACGCUUUCAACGCCAGCAACUCGACCUCGAGAGUACGCUUGCGCACCGGAAUCGCAUGCUGGAUCUCAUGCGGGCGGAGCAAAUUCGUGAGAACGACGGGGUUUUCAGCGGUCGUAGCCGGGAAGGCGAUCCCGAGGAAGACAGAUUGUACGGUCGUCCUUCAACUUCAAGUCGGGGUGGAGCUCGAACAUUUGGUCCUGCGCCAGUUGCCCCAAACACCAUUUAUCCCCCAGAGGAUCUUGCAAGUGAACUUCCAGAAGCCGAAGGUUCGAGCUCCAAGGCAACUUUGAAUGGAAUGGCAACCUCCUCGUCUGCCAGGGCCGGCAUUGCGCCACAUGCUUUGUUCUUUAUCAGCAGAAACAAAUCAAGCACCGAAAUCAAAUUCGACCCUCCAGUGUAA